AUGACCGUUCAAACAUCCGCAGUCCCAGAACACGUUGAGCGUCUAGCGCGAAAGGUUCAAGCGCUGUGCCGAAGCAGAGAUGCGAGCGACCGAAUUCUGAUCGGGGUGUCCGGCAUUCCCGGAUCAGGGAAAACCACACUUGCGGCGGCUGUGGCCAAGCGAGUGAACGAAUUGGAGAACUCGAACUCCGACGGCGAGUUCAAGUUCGCUGUCUGCAUCCCGAUGGAUGGGUAUCACCUGUCCCGAGCGCAGCUCGCAGCGAUGCCGGACGCUGCCACCGCCAUCCAUCGCCGGGGAGCCGCCUUCACGUUCGACGCGGAAGGAUUUUAUCGGCUUGUGCAGCGCCUGCGAGAGCCGCUGACGGCGAACUCGCCGACCGUGUACGCGCCCAGUUUCGAUCAUGCGGUGAAAGAUCCCGUGGCGGAUGACAUUCGCAUCGCGCCGGAAUCCAAAGUCGUGAUAUUCGAGGGUCUUUACGUCAACCUCAACCGCGAGCCGUGGAGCUCGGCUGCUGCCCUCAUGGACGAAUGCUGGUUUGUUGAAGUGGACCGGGAGAUCGCUCGGGACAGGCUCGUGAAGCGCCAUGUCGCCUCGGGAAUCGUCCCUGAUGUCGCGGCAGCUAAGCAUCGGAUCUCGAGCACCGACUUUCUGAAUGCAGAUGAUAUUGAGAAUAAUCGGUUGCCAGUGCAGGAGCUGAUUCCAGGAAGCUAG